AUGACACGAUCAAACUAUUACGAUGAAAUAGCCUACCUGAUGGCUAAGAUUCAUACAUGUAGAGAAAAACGCAUGGAAUUAAUGAAAGAGUAUGCAUCAAUAGAGCAUAGUGAUCCAUACAGAAAUGAUUCUUUUUAUAAUCAAGUUAUUCAAUAUAAAAUUGAUUUAAAUCGAAUUUAUGAUAAUAUUCAAAAAGUGGAAAAAAGGCACGCAGAUUUAAAAUGUCAAUUUGAAAGAAGAAUUCAACAUGAUAACAAUGCAAAAGUACACGAUAAUGCAUUAAAUACCAGGGAGUCGUCUUCUAUGCCAUUAUCAGGAGUCACACCUUCAUUACUGGAUAAAAAUGGAAAACAUGCUAUCAUUGGUGAAAAAUCAGUGACAAAUAUACUUAAACCACAGCUGAGUGGAUUAUCAACUUCAACAGGUCGUAAAUCAAUAUUUGCUGAUCGACAUCAUGAUAAAAUUCAGAAUAAUAGGAAGAAAGAUACAGGUGUUUCAUGUUCUCAGCUUCAACAAGUCAUCAAGAGGACAAAACAAAUUUUAGAUGCUCAAGAAAUCACUUUAAACUCUAUAUCAUUUGAUACUACACAAAACAACAAUGAUGAUGGUGGUGAUAAUGAAGACAUGACAUCGUGCAAACAGCCAGCAAACAAUGCCGCAGAAUAUCAUGAUGAAAUAAAAAGCAUAGAAGUGAACGAGAAGAGGGAGAAGAAGACGAAUGAGGAGACAUUUAGUCGUCCACUGUCAAAAGUAUGUACACUAAGCGAAAGUAAAUCUCCAGAAUUAUCAGAAAAGUUAUUAUCAUUAUGUAACACAAUCAUUUCACCUGAUCUUUGUUAUAAACAACAAACAUCAUCAACACCAUCACAUAAUUCUACUAUUUCAUUCAUGCAUAUUAAUAAUAACGAUAAGUGUAUUGAGAAGAAAUUCAAGGAGAAUAAUCUACAACCAGCAUUCAUUGAAAAUUCCCCUCAAAUUAAUGAUGAAAAGGAUAAAGGCGAUACAGAAGAGGAAGAAGAAGAGCAACAACAACAACAAAAUGAAAAAGAUGAAGGAGGAGAUAGGGAAGAUACUACUGAAUAUACUACUAACACAUCUGUUUCAGAUGAGAAUAACAGACUUCAAAGAGGUCAGUCUUAUGAAGAAUUUCUAGCGAAAGCAACUUUUAGCAUAGAAGAAUCUACAUGCAAUUAUGUCAAUGAAUCUAAUGAUCAUGAAUCUGAAUUCGAUUCAGCUUUGUUAAAAAAUCACGAAGAUACGGAAAAAUCGAAUAAACUACUUGAUAUGAACAAUACAAAUCUGCUUUCCUCAUGGACAACAUAUAAAACAGAAGAAUUGGCUGACGAAAGUGACAGUUUCUAUGACUAG